AAACGAGCAACCUAUGGAAAAGAAGAACGAGAUGUGUCUGCAGGUUAUUGGAAGAUAGUUACAGCAAUUGUAUCAAUAACGAAACGAAAAAUCGUUAAGGCGGCUUGGGGUCUUGAAUAUCUCCAUGCUAAAAAUGUUCUUCAUAGAGAUAUUGCUGCGCGCAACUGCCUAUAUGGUGACAAUAAGGUAAAAAUUUCCGAUUUUGGAUUGACACGUGAAGGGACCGUUUACCAAAUGGAUCCGCACAAAAGAGUUCCUAUUCGUUGGUUGGCGCCUGAAACUCUAAAAAUGGCAAUUUACACGCAGAAAACAGACGUGUUUAGCUACGGGAUAAUGUGCUGGGAGAUUUACAAUAAUGGGAUUGAGCCGUAUCCGGGCAUGACUGUUGCAGAAGUCAAUCAAAACGUCAAAGAAGGUUAUCGCAUGGAACUUCCUGCAAACGUACAUCCUGAAAUUCAGAACUACAUCAAGGUUCGAUGUUGGUCCGAAAAUCCAAAUGAUCGAUAUACUAUGGCCGAGCUUUGCAAGCAUUUGCAACGAACCCUGCAAAUUCCUAGACCAAAAUUUGUGGAAAAUCCACAUGCUCGCUAA